AUGAUAUCUGCGUUGAAAAAGAAAUUCGCGACUUUUGAGGGAAGUCAGCCGGAUUUAUCGAAACGAAAUAAUAUCAGUGGUAGCGGUCAAAUGCCCGAAGGAGUCGUCACUAUUAGUCCUGAUUUACAAAAGAAAUAUGCUAAAGGUGUUCAGUAUAAUAUGAAAAUUGUUAUACGUGGUGAUCGAAGUGUUGGGAAAACGAGUUUAUGGCGUCGUCUUCAAGGAUUAUCAUUUUUGGAAAAUUACAUUCCUACAGAACAAAUUCAGGCUGCAACGAUUCAUUGGAAUUAUCGAAAUACAAAUGACAUCGUCAAAGUAGAUGUAUGGGACGUUGUCGACCAAAGUAAUAAGAAGCGUAUAAAGUCAGAGGGACUAAAAUUGUCAAAUGCAGAUGUUAAAUUUGAAGAUAUAACUUGUGAUGCUCGAUAUGUUAACGUUUACAGUGGUGCCCAUGGCGUUAUUCUCAUGUUUGAUAUCACAAAAAGCUGGACAUGGGAUUAUGUCGUAAAAGAGCUUGAUAAUGUCCCAAGUAGCAUACCCGUAUUGCUUUUGGGUAACCGCAGAGAUUUGGGAGACCAUCAGCAAAUAUCCGAAGAUUUGUGCCAAUCAUUCGUGGAAAACCAUUGCAGGUAG